AUGGAGUGGCUGGACGACGGGCUGGACAGAGGGUGGAUACCAGGAUGGCUGCGGGAGCCAAUCGGGGAAGUCCAGGAUUUUGGGUAUCAAAGGAUUAAGCGUCAUGCCUGGGACGAGAGCACAGCGCGUAGCCUCUCGGACCUAGACCUUAAUAGCGAGGAGCGUGAAGAACUAGCGCAUGUACUCCGGAAGGCGCUUUAA